AUGUCCGGGCGCCGGCGUCCGCCAGCGGGGUCGCGCACCGAGCUCCCUCCGUUGAAGAUCGUCCGCAAGAUCUUCUUGCUACAGCUCGCAUACUAUGCCUGCGCCACGGUGCUCAUUUUGUUCACGACAGUUGUCUAUGGCGCACCGUUUUCUCUAGACCUGGUAUUUGGCUGGGACUCCCUGCGCGGUGAUACGACCAUUGGAUGGAUGUUGGGGUUGGUGUGGUUGUUGAAUUGCUUUAUUAGCGUCAUGUUCCUACUUGCUUUUGUAUCCCGCUCAAAGCUGGUCCCUGAUUUCGCCCUGACGAUCCACUUCCUCCACCUUAUCACCACUACUUUGUACACCCACUCCCUCCCUUCAAAUCUACUCUGGUGGGGACUUCAAUUCGCUAGUGCAGCCAUGAUGACCUUCCUCGGCAUGUGGGCGUGCCAAAGACGGGAGCUGGAACCUAUCAAGUUUGGUGGACAUGGUGGCAGCACCCAAGCAGGCCCAUCAUCACAAGCGUCUGCCGGCGACGGUCAGCAGGAGUCGAGCUUUGGCCGCGGCCGCGGUCGAGAACGUAGCUUGCAAGAAUAUGAAAUGGAUGAUAUGAAGCACACGGGCGAGCAUGCUGUAUGA